UCAGUGUCUGACAAAUUUCCCCACGAAUCAUUAUCACUCAAUUCUGCAAGUAGUUCUAAUUUACUAUCAUCGUUCUCUAGCUGGUCUAAAACUGCUUUUGACGUAAAGGGACGCUUUUUGGACGCCAUAGACUUUUCUCAAUUUCAAGGCAGAAAGAACAGUAAAAAUGCAGGCAGGGCACAGGACAAAGCACUAGAGACAAAAUGUAUGUGAAAUGGUUUGAUACAGUAAUGUUUUACUAUGUGAUUUUAGUGAAUUGAAUGUCACUUUUUGUCAUUUUCAAAUUUCCCGCCGUUCCGUCCGCCGUACGUCCCGGCACUCGCAGGGGGCGGAACCCAGAUGACAAAUGCCGGCAUCUGCCGGAUUACGUUGCCGGGAACAUUGCAGGAG